AUGCAGUAGAAUAAAAUCAUCUUGGCUUUCCCUUUUUUUAAAAAAAAAUUCAUCUCAGCCUUUCUGCACUUCUGCAUUUAAUGUGUUUGCUUUACACCUUAGAACAGCUCAUAUCUACCUUCAGCACGAAAAUUGCUGAAAGAUGAGGGAAGGUGUUGUGACCGUGUGGAUUCUCGCUGCUCUUGUUCUGCAUCUUGCCAGUCUCUUAGUCUCCGCUGGAAGACCUGUCCUCACCCAUCAUUUCUUGGUUGACUUACGUGAAGGAGGAGAAGCUGAAGCCAAGCAACUUGCAGCCGAAUAUGGCUUCAGUGGGACACGAAAGCUACCUUUUACCCAAAGUUCAUACCAUUUUUAUGGAAAUGGAAUCACCAAGUCCCGUCAUCGGCGCAGUGUCAAUAAAAAGAAACAUCUAGCCGUGGAUCCCAAGGUAAAUAAAGUGGUGCAACAAGAAGGUUUCCACAGGAAAAAACGAGGAUACAGAGACAUCAAUGAUAUUGACAUCAACGUGAAUGAUCCAUUAUUCACAAAACAGUGGUACUUGGUCAAUACAGGCCAAGCUGAUGGGACACCUGGACUCGAUCUAAAUGUUGCUGAAGCCUGGGAGCUGGGAUACACAGGAAGAGGAGUUACCAUAGCAAUUAUGGAUGAUGGAAUUGAUUAUCUGCAUCCAGAUCUUGCCUCAAACUACAAUGCAGAAGCAAGCUAUGACUUCAGCAGCAAUGAUCCCUACCCAUACCCUCGUUAUACAGAUGACUGGUUCAACAGCCACGGGACCCGAUGUGCAGGAGAAGUAUCAGCUGCUGCCAAUAAUAAUAUAUGUGGUGUUGGAGUGGCUUAUAAUUCCAAAGUGGCAGGCAUUCGAAUGCUGGACCAGCCCUUCAUGACUGAUAUAAUAGAAGCUUCAUCCAUCAGCCACAUGCCCCAGGUUAUAGACAUAUACAGUGCAAGCUGGGGUCCAACUGAUGAUGGCAAGACGGUUGAUGGACCAAGAGAACUAACAUUACAGGCAAUGGCAGAUGGAGUGAAUAAGGGUCGUGGUGGGAAGGGAAGCAUCUACGUCUGGGCUUCUGGAGAUGGGGGGAGUUAUGAUGACUGCAACUGUGAUGGUUAUGCAUCAAGCAUGUGGACUAUUUCCAUAAACUCCGCCAUUAAUGAUGGACGCACUGCCCUGUAUGAUGAAAGCUGCUCCUCAACUCUGGCCUCCACUUUCAGCAAUGGUAGAAAAAGAAAUCCAGAGGCUGGCGUGGCUACAACAGACUUGUAUGGAAACUGCACUUUGCGUCAUUCGGGAACAUCUGCAGCCGCACCAGAAGCAGCUGGAGUAUUUGCAUUGACCCUGGAGGCUAACCCAGGUCUGACAUGGAGGGACUUGCAGCAUCUGACAGUGUUAACAUCGAAAAGGAAUAAGCUUCAUGAUGAAGUGCACAAAUGGCGUAGAAACGGAGUCGGCUUGGAGUUCAAUCAUUUGUUCGGCUAUGGCGUUCUUGAUGCUGGAGCCAUGGUGAAAAUGGCCAAGGAAUGGAAAACGGUUCCAGAGAGGUUUCAUUGCAUUGGGGGAGCCAUACAAGAGCCAAGAAAAAUACCUUCUGAUGGGAAGCUGAUCCUUACUCUUUCAACUGAUGCCUGUGAAGGAAAGGAAAACUUUGUUCGCUACUUGGAGCAUGUUCAAGCAGUUAUAACUGUCAAUUCCACACGGCGAGGCGACUUGAACAUCAACAUGACAUCACCGAUGGGAACUAAGUCCAUUUUAUUAAGUCGUCGUCCUAGGGAUGACGACUCAAAGGUUGGUUUUGAUAAAUGGCCGUUCAUGACAACACACACGUGGGGGGAAGAUCCAAGAGGGACUUGGGUUCUAGAAGUUGGGUUUGUUGGGAGCAUGCCAGAGAAAGGUGUUUUGAAAGAAUGGACACUGAUGUUACAUGGCACGCAAAGUGCUCCCUAUAUAGACCAAAUAGUUAGAGAUUAUCAGUCUAAAUUAGCAAUGUCCAAGAAAGAAGAGCUGGAGGAGGAACUAGAUGAAGCAGUACAAAGAAGUCUCAAGAGCCUGUUAAGCAAGAACUAGCACUAUUCUGCAUGUCUGUAUUAUGUUUCUAUUCUCCAUUGCUUUCUGUUAAUCUUUUCAACACCUACAUUUCUUUACUAAGUAUAAUUUCCUCACUGUGUUACAGUAAUGGAAUCUUCUAGGUGUUUGCUUUUGUGAUGAAUAAAAUUAAUACAUAGAUAUUUUUACAAUUUGACCCCUAAUAACAAUUUCAAAUUAUAAUAUGCAAUCUGUGCCAGUGUAUUAAUUUUUUGAUUGUUUCAUUAUACUUUUGAUCGUUGCUGAGCCACAGAAACCAAGACAACAUUUAUCAUAGGCUUUUUCGAAAAAUGCUCUACACAAUUUUGAAGUUAUACCGGAUACUACUUUGAAAUUGUGCAUACAAAUGUAUUUUGAUACUAAAAAGAAGAAUACGAUUAGAAAUUAAAAUAUAUUGGAACAUUCAGUUUGAAUGUAAUUCUUAAAAACUACCAGUUACCAUUUAUUUUCAUCCUAGCACAAUAAUUGCUAACAGGGUUGGAUCUAUUGUUUAGGGGAUCCCAUCCAUUACAGUAGAUGUUACGGCCCAAACCUGAGAAAACAUACUGUAAAUCAUGUAGCUUAGUGAUGGCCCAACCUACAACCCUCCAGCUAUUCAACUAGAGCCACUUUAGCUGUCGGGGGGAUGCUGGGUAUUGUAAUCAGCUAAAUAGAAACCAGUAGGUUGAUUCUCCCUGGAACUCAGCUGUGUUUUUUCGUAAUAUAAAAAUUUGAACUAGUGACAUCACAAGUGACAUCACUAAGCACUGAUUAUAAAUGAUAACAUCACUAAGCACUGUUCGCAAAAAUAUAUUUUACAGGUUUACUUUUUUUUGUAUUAUACAAAAAUAGCUAAAAUUUUUUAUAAAUUUGCUCACUACUUUGUGCUUAUAUCAACAUUUUUUACCCAACAAAAAAAUGCCGCCCCCUCUACCGUACCCUAAUUCAGUUUUGCUUAUAUCUUGGUUAUGAUACAAGGAAUAUUCUCCACCGUGUACUGUAAGGAUUCCCUUCAUGUCUACUGUAAUAACGUAUAUUUAUAAAGGUGUGUUGAAUUCAAAAUUUUAUAUGUGGACAUGUGGAUAUGUGGUUUUAUUUGUUGAUAUAAUAAUAACCAAAGUAAUAUUAUUAUGUUGUGUCUAAAAACAAAAACAAUGGCCACAUGCAUGUGUACUUGCAAAAUAACAGAAUAUUUGUUUUCGGUUUUAAAAAGAAAAUUCUGUGAAAAUAUGAGAUGAUCCUGUAGAGCUGAUUUGCAUUCUUGUUUUGUCAGAAUAUUAAAUGUCUUAUGUAGCAAGAA